ACUAACACCGCCACCAUGCGCCACCAGACUAAACCCAACCACUCCAGCACCCUCCCAACCCCUUCCCCAUCUUCCUCUCCCUCGUCGCCGCCCACUACUAACGCCACCAAGCCCCCGGACUCCGACCACAUCAAGGCCGAAACCGGCCACGACUUCCUCGUCCACUACGCCCCGCACCCGGUCACGGGGCAGCCGUAUCCCGAGAUCUGGACGCCCAAGUUCGCGAUCCAUCCGGCGCUCCUCGCCGUCUGGAGAGAGGAGCACCAGGCGGUGCGGAGUGUGGGAGAUAAUGCGUCACUGCGGAGGGUGGCGAGUAGCUUGGAAGACAAGGCGUGGGAGAUGCCUGUGAGACCGAAGCGGAGGACCGCGGCUGGGAAGACGAACGAGCAGGGCGCUACUGCUGCGACGGCGAUAGUGAUUGAGGAUGCUGGUGAGCCUGGAGAGGCGGUUCAGCGGCGGCCCAUGAGCUUCGAUUUUGAGGGCAGCGCGCCGUUGACGGAGGAGGAGUUGGCGGAGGAGCGGGCGGAGCGCGAGAGGGAGGAUGCGGCGCGGCUGGCGUAUGUGAGGGAUUUGGUGGUGAUGCGGGAUGUUAGGAGGCGGUGGGAGAGGGAGUAUAUGAUGGAGGAGUGGGCGAGGGCGAAGGCGAAGGCGAAGGCGGGAGGUGGUGUCUUGGUUGCAGUUGUCAUGGAGUUUGUUAUUCUCGUCAAGUUUGGAGCCCCACAAGGUCAUGGCCGGAGCGGGUCGGCCGUACUCCCUGCUAGCAUAGCCGAUGCGUUUGUCUACCUCUGCUAA